AUGAAGUUCGCCAUCGUCACUCUCGUCGCCGCGGCCCUCGCUCCCCUCGCAGCAGCAGACUUCUACAUCUACUCUAUCAAGAGCGGUUCAGUCAACGAUGGCAUGGCUCCCGUCAAUUCUGACGGGUUCUUCUUCCUUAACGCGCCCCCUGACUGCAAUGACGUCAAUAACAAGGCCAUCUUCAUAUCUUCCCUCAGCGAUGUGAGCGGUGGUAGACAAGGUGUACGCUGCAAGGGCUGCCCUGAUUUCGAGGAGCUCGAGUUUAACCUUGAAGUGGGGCACUACACCAUCUACAAGAACCGUGACUACGGUCUAUUCACCACGGACGACAAGAAGGUCGGCCAGUGCAACAUGGACAAGUCCGACCACUUCCAGUGCGGAAACCCCUUCAAUUCUCUGAGAGUCAUCUGA